AAACCCAUUUCUAGCUUUCACAUUCUUCUUUUAUCUUGAUGACCAUUUUCCCAUUCAAAUAAUACUUCGCUUCUAGCUUGGCCGGUUUGUUACAGGAUCGAGGCUUAUCACAUUGGGUGGUGGCCGGAAGCUAUGACCCUCAAGGGCGGCACAAGCCAGGCCUGCGCUGCUUGCAAGUACCAAAGGCGAAGGUGCUCGGCCGAGUGCCCUCUUUCCCCAUACUUCCCUCCCGAGCAGCCCAAGUUGUUUCAAAAUGCUCACAAAUUAUUCGGCGUCAGCAACAUCUUGAAGAUACUAAAAAACCUGGAGCCUGGCCAGAAGAACGAGGCAAUGAGGUCUAUAAUUUACCAGGCAAACAUGCGUGACAAGUUUCCCAUCUAUGGGUGUUGCUGGAUUAUCUGUCAACUCAAGUACCAAAUUAUUCAUGCGGAGGAGGAGCUCCAGGCUGUUCAGGCGCAGCUUGAGAUGUACCGGCAACAUCAUCAGAUUUCGUCUAUGCCACCCGACGAUGUCACUUCGCAGUUGGAAUUAGGCAUGGCGCCGCCCAGUAAUGGCGGCCUUUCACUUUUCAAUCACGCUACUACUCCACAGCAUUACAAUAAUGCUGUGUCUCAAGCUUUGCCUGUGCCCCAACAGCAAUGCUACUCUAAUGGCAGCAAAGCUGUUUACAGCUCUCCCUCUUACAUGGAUGCCAAGGAUAUUAACGUGGCAAACUCUUUUUGGGUUCAGCAAACUUAUGGCAAUAACAAUAAUAAUUCAAUGGCAAUUCAAUCUCAGUUGGUCGUCUCCCAACCACAAGCUAUCCAACAAGAAGUAGUUCAAGAAUAUGAUGAGUUGCACCCAUUUUUUGACAGCAUCGAUGACAGACAAUCAUACAUUGAUUCCAAAGAGGCUUAUGAGUCAAGCUCUGAAGAAUCAUUGAAAGAUACAACACAGUCCACUGAGCAUGUUGCAGAGAAUGAAUUGAAGAAUGCUGCUGCACGCUUCAGUCUUACCAGUGUCAACUGAUCAAAUGAGCCCAAGAGAAGUACCUACUUUCGAUUCUUUUUUUUCUUUUUUUCUUUUUCUUUUUUUCUCCCCAAAAUUGAUUCAUAGAGUAAAAUCCAAAAUUUUGAGCUUCAUCCUUUCUCUCUUCUUUUUUUUUUGU